AUGCGCCUCGCCACUUACCUCCCACCUGUCCUGGUCCUGCUUCUCGCAGGGGGGUCCCCAGGCCAGGGGGUGCCCAGCCGCUGCAGGAGCCCCAGUGAGGCUGUGUGCAACUUCGCAUGUGACUGCCUGGGCUGCUCGGAUGAGGCGUGGUGUGGCUACCACGGGGCCCCUCUUCAGGGCGCGCCCUUCAGCUGCGACUUUGAGCAGGACUCUUGCGGCUGGCGGGACAUUAGCACCUCGGGCUACCGCUGGCUCCGAGACCGAGCAGGAGCGGUGCUGGCGGGCCUGGGGCUGCACACUGACCACACCCACGGCACGGAUCUGGGCUGGUACAUGGCCGUGGGAACCCACCCCGGGAAGGAGGCGUCCACUGCCACCCUGCGCUCCCCAGUCCUGCGCCAGGCAGCCCCCGCCUGCGAGCUGAGGCUCUGGUACCUCACAGCCUCGGGAGGUGUAGCUGAGCUGCGGCUGGAGCUGACCCACGGUACAGAGACCCUCACCCUGUGGCAGAGCUCAGGGCCCUGGCGCCCCAGCUGGCAGGAGCUGGCUGUGACCACUGGCCGCAUCCAGGGCGACUUCCGAGUGACCUUCUCUGCCACCCGAAAUGCCACCCACAGAGGCACAGUGGCCCUGGAUGACGUGGCGUUCUGGAACUGUGCGCUGCCCAGCCCCCAGGCCAGAUGCCCCCCGGGGCACCACCACUGCCGGAACGGGGCCUGCGUGGCGCCCGACAGCGUGUGUGACGGCGAGGACGGCUGUGGGGACAGCUCUGACGAGGACCCUGCCACCUGCAGCCACCUCAUGGCCACUGACUUUGAGACCGGCCUGGGCCUGUGGAGCCGCUCGGAGGGCUGGACCCGGAACCACAGUGCUGGUGGCCCGCAGAGCCUGGCCUGGCCGCUUCGGGACCACAGCCAGAACAGCGCACACGGCACCUUCCUGGCCUCUGUGGCCAAGCCAGGCACCCCUGCCGUCCUGUCCAGCCCGGUGUUCCAAGCCUCAGACCCCUACAACUGCUCGCUCAUCUUCUAUUACUACCUGCACGGGUCCGAGGCCGGCCACCUCCAGCUGCUCCUGCAGACCCGAGGGCCGGGCGCCCCACAGGCUCCCAGCCCCCUGCGAAGACGGCACGGGGAGCUGGGGGCGGCCUGGGUCCGAGACCGGGUCGAUAUCUGGAGCACCCACCCCUUCCAGAUCCUCCUGGCUGGGGAGACGGGCCCUGGGGGCGUCGUGGGCCUGGAUGACCUCAUCCUGUCCAGCCACUGCAGAGCAGCACCAGCCCCGCCCUCCUCCGCAGAGACGUCCGUCCCGCAGCUGCCUGAGCCCUGGGCCCUGGCUCCAGCCCCCCAGCCCCCCUGGCCGCGGCCCCAGGACUGCGAGCCGGGGCACCUCCCCUGCCAGGACCUGUGUGUGCCCCCAGAGCAGCUGUGUGACUUCCAGCCGCAGUGUGCCGAGGGCGAGGACGAGCAGGAUUGUGGCUCCACUGGCUUUGAGUUGGCCUCGGCCGGAGGCUGGGAGGACGCCAGCGUGGGCCCGCUGCAGUGGCGGCGGCUCCCAGCCCAGGCGCACAGAGACGCACGUGGCGCUGCAGCGGGGCACUUCCUGUCUCUCGAGAAGGCUUGGGGGCAGCUGAAGGCAGAGGCCCGGGCCCGCACGCCCGCCCUGGGCCCCUCCGGCCCCCACUGUGAGCUCCGCAUGGCUUACUAUUUCCACGGCCACCCCCGAGAGGUCUCCUGUAACUUCGAGCGGGAUGCAUGUACCUGGCACACGGGCCACCUCACAGAUGCCCAUUGGCGCCGGGUAGAGAGCCAUGGUCCUGGAUACGAUCACACCACUGGACGAGGCUUUUACAUGCUCCUGAACCCCACAGACCCUCCUGCCCAGGGCCAAGGAGCCCACUUGCUCACAGGCCCGCAGGUGCCGGCGGCCCCCGAGGAGUGCUUCAGCUUCUGGUACCACCUGUACGGACCCCAGAUCGGGACAUUACGGCUGGCCCUGAGGAGGGACGGGGAGCAGGACGUGCAGCUGUGGUCGCGCUCGGGCACCCACGGUAACCGCUGGCACCAGGCCUGGGCGACCCUCCACCACCAGCCCGGGCUGAGUACCAAGUACCAGCUGCUGUUUGAGGGCCUCCGGGACGGGUACCACGGCACCAUGGCACUGGACGACAUGACUGUGAGGCCCGGCCCCUGCUGGGCUCCCCGGAGCUGCUCCUUUGAGGACUCGGCCUGUGGCUUCUCCAGUGGGGGCCAGGGCCUAUGGAGGCGCCAGGCCCACGUCACAGGCCAUGUCCCCUGGGGCCCAUGGGCAGACCACACCACGGAGACAGCCCAAGGGCACUACAUGGUGGUGGACACCAGCCCAGGCGCCCUGUCCCAGGGCCAGGUGGCCCCGCUGACCUCAGCGCGCCACCCGCCGCUGGCCCAACCCAGCUGCCUGACCUUCUGGUACCACCUGAGUCCCCAAAACCCAGGCACGCUGCGGGUCCACGUGGAAGACGGUGAGAGGCGGCAGGUGCUCAGCCUGAGUGCUCACGGAGGGCUGGCCUGGCGCCUGGGCAGAGUGGACAUGCAAGCCGAGAAGACCUGGAGGGUGGUGUUUGAGGCUGUGGCGGCGGGCGUGGAGCGCUCCUACAUGGCUCUGGACGACCUUGCCCUGCACGACGGGCCCUGUGCCCGGCCAGGGUCCUGCGACUUCGAAUCUGGCCUGUGUGGCUGGAGCCACUGCACCCGGGCCAGCCCCGGCAGGUACAGCUGGGACUGGAGCGGUGCGUCCAUCCCUUCCCGCUACCCCCAGCCCACGGUGGACCACACCCUGGGCACACAAGCAGGCCACUUUGUCCUCUUUGAAACCGGGGUGCUGGGCACUGGGGGCCGGGCGGCCUGGCUGUGCAGUGAGCCGCUGCCCGCGACUGCGGCCUCUUGCCUCCGCUUCUGGUACCACAUGGGCUUCCCCGAGCACUUCUACAAGGGCGAGCUGAGGGUGCUGCUCAGCAGUGCCCAGGGCCAGCUGGCCGUGUGGGGCGAAGGAGGACGCCUGCGGCAGCAGUGGCUUCAAGCGCAGGUGGAGCUGGCCAGCACGGAAGAGUUCCAGAUUGUGUUUGAAGCCACUCUGAGUGGGCAGCCGGCUGAGGGGCCCAUUGCCCUUGAUGACGUCGAGUACCUGGCCGGGCAGCACUGCCAGCAGCCUACACCUAGCCAAGGGGACACGACCAUGCCAGUGCCGGUGCCGGUGCCGGCUGCGGUGGGCGGCGCGCUCGUCUUCCUCUUGCUCCUGGUGCUCCUGGGCCUGGGGGCCCGGCACUGGCUGCAGAGGGGCUGCUACUUCCCAAGGGGCACAGGCGCCGCAGCCCCUGGCUUUGAUAACAUCCUCUUCAAUGCGGAUCGAGUCACUCUCCCAGAGUCUGUCACCAGCACCCCGUAGACCACUCCAGACAUGGCCCUGUCCCCAGCAUUUGGUCAGACCUCAGCCAAGAACGUGGACAUGGCAUCCCCUCAGGCUGGGGCACUCGGUGGGACAUGCCACACUUCCGGGGCCC